AAGGCUGAUUUCAAAGAGGGUGAGUAGACUAAUUGCGACAACUGCUGCGCAUUCUUUAAUCUCCCUCAAAUACAAACUCGGGAGCGUAGAUGUCCAUGCAGAACCGCCUGUCCUGUUGAUGCGGGUCCCUGCUGCUCAGGCAAGAGCAGGUGAUCCAGGGUGAUGUCCACGCCAGAUCCCCCCAUGGGAGGCACACCUCGUCCAGGUCCUUCACCUGGUCCUGGUCCCUCUCCUGGGGCCAUGCUUGGCCCCAGCCCUGGGCCCUCUCCAGGCUCCUCCCACAGCAUGAUGGGCCCCAGUCCUGGCCCUCCCCCUUCUGGACACUCACAGCCUGGACCUUCUGGUUAUGGCCAGGACAGCAUGCAUGCUCUGCAUAAACCCAUGGAGAGCAUGCAUGAGAAGAGCCUGAGUGAGGAAAGCCGCUUCAGUCAGAUGAAGGGAAUGUCUAUGAGGCAGGGUGGGCACAGUGGUAUGGGCCCCCCACCCAGUCCUCUAGACCAACACUCACAGGGUUACCACUCUCCUUUAGGUGGAUCUGACCACUCCAGCCCUGUCCCUUCAAAUGGCCCUCCCUCUGGUCCCCUCAUGCCUUCCUCCUCCUCUUCCUCCUCCUCUGGUGGUCCCAGCUCUGCCUCGGCACCUUUAGAUGGUCCCAGUGGAGACCAACACACUCUGGGUCCAAAUAACCGGCCUGGCCCUCCAGGCAGCUCCGGCCCAGGCCCCAGUCCUGGCCCCAAUCUCGGCCCCAGUGUUCCCAGUCUUGGACCUGGGCUUGAAUCAGGGGGCCCUACAGUUCCUGGUGGCCCUGGUGGCCCUACUCCCUUUAACCAGAAUCAGCUCCACCAACUCAGAGCCCAGAUCAUGGCUUAUAAGAUGCUCGCGCGGGGUCAGCCCCUGCCGGACCACCUCCAGAUGGCUGUCCAGGGGAAGAGGCCAAUGCCUGGGAUGCAGCAGCAGCCGAUAUCUAGCCUGGGUCCUGUAGGUGGAGGCGGGCCGGGUGGUGGACCAGCAGGACCCGGGUCAGGGCCUGGGCCAAUGGGCUCAGGCUACAGUCGAGCUCAUGGGAUUAUGGGUCCAAACAUGCCUCCCCCAGGACCAUCAGGUACACCAGCUGGGAUGCAAGGUCCAAACCCAAAUGGACCUCCCAAAUCCUGGCCUGAAGGCCCCUUGGUGAAUGCAGCAGCCCCCUCUAACGCACCCCAAAAGCUGAUUCCCCCUCAGCCUACUGGACGCCCCUCUCCGGCCCCACCAUCAGUUCCUCCUGCUGCUUCCCCAGUAAUGCCUCCACAGACCCAGUCCCCCGGCCAGCCGGCACAGCCUACUCCCAUGAUGCCUUACCAUGCCAAGCAGAACCGCAUUACUCCCAUUCAGAAACCAUGCGGCCUAGACCCAGUGGAGAUACUGCAGGAGAGGGAGUACAGGUUACAGGCUCGUAUCACUCAUCGCAUUGCUGAACUGGAGAACCUGCCCGGCUCUCUGGCUGGUGAUCUACGGACCAAAGCUACCAUAGAGCUCAAAGCCCUGCGACUGCUAAAUUUCCAGCGACAGCUGCGUCAAGAGGUGGUGGUGUGUAUGCGUCGUGACACAGCUCUAGAAACCGCCCUUGAUGCCAAGGCCUACAAGCGGAGCAAGCGUCAGUCUCUGCGAGAGGCUCGCAUCACAGAGAAACUGGAGAAACAGCAGAAGAUCGAGCAAGAGCGCAAACGCAGGCAGAAACAUCAGGAGUACCUCAACAGCAUCCUGCAACACGCCAAAGACUUCAAAGAGUACCAUCGCUCCAUCACAGGCAAAAUGCAGAAACUGACCAAAGCUGUGGCCACCUAUCACGCCAACACUGAGCGCGAGCAGAAGAAAGAGAAUGAGCGCAUCGAGAAAGAGAGGAUGAGGAGGCUGAUGGCUGAAGAUGAGGAGGGCUAUCGUAAACUGAUCGACCAGAAGAAGGAUAAGCGUCUGGCCUACCUGUUACAGCAAACUGAUGAGUAUGUCGCCAACCUCACUGAGCUGGUCAGAGCUCACAAAGCAGCACAGGCUCUCAAGGAGAAAAAGAAGAAGAAGAAGAGAAAGAAGAAGUUGGAGAAUGCUGAGGGUCAGACUCCAGCUAUGGGUCCAGAUGGAGAGCCGCUUGAUGAGACCAGUCAGAUGAGCGACUUGCCUGUUAAGGUCAUUCACGUGGACAGUGGGAACAUCCUGACAGGAGUAGACGCCCCUAAAGCUGGACAGCUGGAGACCUGGCUGGAGAUGAAUCCUGGUUAUGAAGUUGCGCCCCGCUCAGACAGUGAAGACAGCGAGGAGGAGGAAGAAGAAGAGCAAGAAGAGGAGGAGCCUCAGCCAUCGACCGCUCUGGUGGAGGACAAGAAGAAGAUAGCAGACCCUGACAGUGAGGACGUGUCAGAGGUGGAUGUACGACACAUCAUUGAAAAUGCCAAACAGGAUGUCGAUGAUGAAUACAGCGGUGCAGCGUUCGCCCGAGGCCUUCAGUCAUAUUAUGCUGUGGCUCAUGCUGUCACAGAGAAGGUGGAGAAACAGUCCACUCUGUUAAUAAAUGGACAACUCAAACAGUAUCAGGUCAAAGGUCUGGAGUGGCUGGUUUCUCUCUACAACAAUAACCUGAACGGGAUCCUUGCAGAUGAGAUGGGUCUGGGAAAAACCAUCCAGACAAUAGCCCUCAUCACGUACCUCAUGGAACACAAACGUCUCAAUGGACCCUACCUCAUCAUUGUACCCCUCUCAACUCUUUCUAACUGGGUGUAUGAGUUCGACAAGUGGGCACCCACAGUUGUGAAAGUGUCCUAUAAGGGGUCUCCUGCUGCCAGAAGAGCCUUCGUCCCCCAAUUGCGAAGUGGAAAGUUUAAUGUUUUACUCACCACUUAUGAGUACAUCAUCAAGGAUAAACAAGUGCUGGCCAAGAUCCGUUGGAAGUACAUGAUUGUGGACGAGGGCCACCGUAUGAAGAACCAUCACUGUAAGCUGACCCAGGUUCUGAACACCCACUACCUGGCCCCACGGCGGGUCCUGCUGACAGGAACACCGCUGCAAAACAAACUGCCUGAACUCUGGGCGCUGUUAAACUUUCUCCUGCCCACCAUCUUCAAGAGCUGCAGCACAUUCGAGCAAUGGUUCAACGCCCCUUUCGCCAUGACUGGAGAGAAGGUGGACCUAAAUGAAGAGGAGACCAUCUUGAUUAUCCGGCGUCUCCAUAAAGUGCUCCGCCCCUUCCUUUUGCGUAGAUUGAAGAAGGAAGUGGAGGCACAGCUUCCAGAGAAGGUGGAGUAUGUGAUCAAGUGUGACAUGUCAUCUCUUCAGAGAGUGCUGUACAGACACAUGCAGGCUAAAGGAGUCCUGCUCACAGAUGGAUCAGAGAAAGACAAGAAGGGUAAAGGAGGCACUAAGACACUGAUGAACACCAUUAUGCAGCUGAGGAAGAUCUGUAACCACCCUUACAUGUUCCAGCAAAUAGAGGAAUCGUUCUCUGAACAUUUGGGGUUCUCAGGUGGGAUAGUCCAAGGUGCUGACUUGUAUCGGGCAUCAGGGAAGUUUGAGGUGUUGGAUCGAAUCCUUCCAAAGCUGAGAGCCACAAACCACAAAGUGCUGCUCUUCUGUCAGAUGACAUCACUCAUGACCAUCAUGGAGGAUUACUUCGCCUAUCGUAGCUUCAAGUAUCUGCGUCUGGAUGGCACUACGAAGGCUGAGGACAGAGGAAUGUUACUGAAGACAUUCAAUGAACCAGGGUCUGAGUACUUUAUCUUCCUCCUGAGCACAAGAGCUGGAGGCCUCGGCCUCAACCUGCAGUCUGCCGACACUGUAGUUAUAUUUGACUCUGACUGGAACCCCCAUCAGGACCUGCAGGCUCAGGACCGCGCUCAUCGUAUCGGUCAGCAGAACGAGGUGCGUGUGCUGCGUUUGUGCACCGUCAACAGCGUGGAGGAGAAAAUCUUGGCCGCUGCCAAGUACAAACUCAAUGUUGACCAGAAGGUCAUACAAGCAGGCAUGUUUGAUCAAAAGUCCUCCAGCCACGAGCGCAGGGCCUUCCUGCAGGCUAUCCUUGAGCAUGAGGAGCAGGACGAGGUCUGGGGACAGGAAGUGUGCAUCCGCAUAAAUGAGGAGGACGAGGUGCCAGACGAUGAGACUGUAAACCAGAUGAUCGCAAGGAGUGAAGAUGAGUUUGACCAGUUUAUGCGUAUGGACCUCGACCGGCGUCGAGAGGAUGCUCGAAACCCACGUCGAAAACCUCGUCUGAUGGAAGAGGAUGAGCUGCCCACCUGGAUCAUGAAGGACGACGCCGAGGUUGAACGGUUGACCUGUGAGGAGGAGGAGGAGAAGAUGUUUGGACGAGGAUCUAGGCAGCGAAAAGAGGUUGACUACAGUGAUUCCCUGACUGAGAAACAGUGGCUCAAGGCAAUAGAGGAGGGCACACUGGAGGAAGUGGAGGAGGAGGUACGUCACAAAAAGACGACGCGUAAGAGGAAGCGGGACCGUGACCUGGACCUGCCUGGUCCCUCCUCUUCCCUUGGAGGACGAGGGCGAGGGGACAAAGAUGAGGAUGGUAAAAGACAGAGGAAGAGGGGGCGACCACCUGCUGAGAAACUUUCUCCUAACCCGCCUGCCCUCACAAAGAAGAUGAAGAAGAUAGUGGAUGCUGUCAUAAAGUAUAAAGACAGCACCAGUGGGCGACAGUUGAGCGAGGUGUUCAUCCAGCUGCCGUCUCGAAAAGAGCUGCCGGAGUACUACGAGCUGAUCCGCAAGCCCGUGGACUUCAGGAAGAUCAAGGAGAGGAUCCGGGGUCAUCGCUAUCGCAGUCUGGGCGACCUGGAGAGAGACGUCAUGCUGCUCUUCCAAAAUGCUCAGACCUUUAACCUGGAGGGGUCACUGGUGAGACCAAAUAUAUAUGAAGACUCCAUCGUCCUCCAGUCGGUGUUCACCAGUUUGAGGCAGAAGAUUGAAAAGGAAGAGGAAAGUGAGGGGGAGGACAGUGAGGAGGAGGAAGAGGAGCUGGAUGAAGGAUCAGAGUCUGAAUCUCGUUCAGUAAAAGUUAAGAUUCGUCUUGGAAGAAAGGAUAAAGGGGGGGAUCGGGGGAAAGGACGCAGCAGACGAAUGGGACGCACCAGAGCCAAACCUGUUGUCAGUGAUGAUGACUCAGAGGAUGAGCAGGAAGAGGAGCGCUCCCCCAGUGCCACAGAUGAGGAGUCCUGAACCAUGUUGUUAGGUGGGAGGGAAAGAAGCAGAGAGCGCAGCAUCUGCAGUAAACAAUACACACCCUUAUUAACUCCAUCCACCCUCAGUCAAAUGUUACAGGGCUGAAAAGACAUAGAGGAAAGGGUUUGCAAUACCAGCAACAGACAUAUUUGAUAAUUCAUAUCAGUUAAAAAUACAUCAAGUAAACACACACAGGAUUAAAUCACAAGAUGAUUGAAUAUUGCUCGUCUGCAUCGAAUGUUACUAUCAGUUUGCUAAAGUUAAACUUCAAAUCAGCUAGAAUUCUUUGUUGCACUUUAAUGAGAGAUUUGAUUAGUUCUAAAAGUUUUGCACAUGUGCAGGUGUUAAAAUAUAUUUAGAUUUUAACACUAAUAUGUUUCAAGAGUCACAGAUGGAACAAAAAUCAAUGCAGCUAUAUAUGACGAUAGCUAAUACAAAUAGUUAUAAUGUUGGUAUCUAAUGUUGGACCCCAAUUUUGUCUUCUGCCAAAGACAUGACAGAGCUUAAUUCAAUGAAGUGCUGCCUAAAAAAAGUCAGAUUGCAAAAAAAGUAACAUGUCUUUAAAGAGCGGUAAACAAAGUUUAAAUAUACCAGAAUGACAGACUCACACCGUGCAGUAAGGUUCUCUUUUUUCGGGUAAAAAUGUAAAGUCGUUGGAAGAGAUUUUAUUUCUCUUUUGUAUAAUAAGAUAAGUAAUGUUAUCAUUAUUCUUUUUUACUUCAGCAAGAUGCGCUGUUAUUUAUUUCUUUAAGUCUUCUUCAGCUCAAAGAAGAAAAUAUACUGCCAACGCCCCAAAGCUGUGUGUUAUACCACACAUGUGAAUCUAACUGCAUCAGUUACAACAGUAACACUUCCUUAAAGUCCCAAUGUCUAUUAUUUAUCAAUAUAAAGAACUGAAAACAAAGGUAUGUUGUUGUAAGAAGGUAUAACGACAUCCAUAUUUUCAUUAAUGCACAGUUGUUCACUGUCUCUAUCAGAGAAGAGAAAUCAUAUUUAGUGUACAUUAUUCAUCAGUUUAUACACCAUCUUUCUAUGAUGGUGACCAUAGAGUGAGUUAAAAAAAAUAUAGGAGUUAGUUUCGACCAUGUAGUCUGAUUGGAAAAGAGGCAUUCAAUGAACAUGAUAGGUAUAGCAUACAACAUCACCUGGUCUUAACUGGAUGUAUCACUGUGCCUCAGCCAGGUGUUCAGAAAUCUGUUUAUCAUCAUUACAGCAGUGAGUUAUGUCUGGCAGCAGUCCAGAUUCAGUGAAGUUUUGAAACAAGUUGUGUUGGCGGAACCGAAUGUAUAAUGAAGCACACGAAAAUAUGAGCUGCUAUUAAUGCUGAUAAUUUUUUCAAACUACUUGCUAGUUGUUGAUCAGUUGUAUAAAAUCAAUAUCACACCCAAGGUUGUGAUGCUAUAUUGAAUAUUAGCAUUGAAUCUUCAGUACACUUGCUGCAGUCUUGAGUUUUAGGGUGAUACUGCUAAGUCAAAGCUUAUUCAAAUGCACUCGUUAAUACUUUUAUGUCCUUACAAUUACAUUUAAAUGUUUUUUAAACAUUUUUAUGCUGCAUUGUAACGUUUUGAAAUGUGUAUACUGUAUAUAAAUGUUAAGUCAUAUGACUUUCAAAUAAGUGUGGUCAGAGACAAUCCAAUUAUCCUGAAGUUUAACAUAUUUAAUUUCAUUGGAAGUCUGUUUUAGAUUUUCACAUUUUUGUGGAGACUUGGUAUAAAAACGUGUCCCGAGCUCACCUUAAGAGUAAGAACUUUCAGGAACCAGUGCAGUGAAGUAAACAGCAUGGAGUGUAAACAGAAAAUGUUUUGAGACAGAGCUGUGUUUUCACUCGAUAUGAGCGACCACCUUCUCUUACUUUUAAUUCCUUCCUUAUAAAAAAAUGUCAACAUAAGUGAUGUUUCACUUCUGCUUUACUGCAGUGACCUCCUGUAAGAACAAUCAACCUCUUUCAUGAUGCUGCGGUUGCUGAGGUGUGUGUCACGUAUUUGGGACCGUAGCUCGGUGUUUGAGUUGGAAAUGCCCAGCUGCUGUGGUUGGAGGUGUCUCCACACUUCUCAGAAACUUAGCACCACUCCACAUUUAUUUGACUGAGGUUUCAUGGAGUUGAGUCCAGGUCACUCUCCAAUACUGUAAAUAUAUUCCAGCAUCAAAACAACCUAGUCCACCGUGCUGCUGCUUUCCUGAUACACUUCCAAUAUCAGCAACGCAACCUGUUGAUUGUAGACUAACUGAAUUAUGAUCGAUGAGUACUGUAACUUUAAAUGCUUCUCCUUCAGUUGUUGUGUGGUGAUUUUAGGAUCUGAGAAUAGUUCAAUGUACUUUGGCACUUUUUAUGUUUUUGGUUUUAAGACAAAGGACCAGAAGGACAGUGGCUCCUCUCUGCUUGUGAACGCCUCAUGGCUGUAUGGUGUUGGAUAUACUGUAUAGAGUAUUUUUUAGAGUAUAAUGUUGAUGCACGUGUGUACAGCUCCCAAGUUCAGAACUGCACUUUUUUUUCCACUUUGUUAGGCAACUAGAGCAAAAAAACCCAACAACAACCAAAGCAUCAACAUUUUUCCUGCAGAGUUAUCGGGAUCUGUCUGUGUUGUGUUGUGUAAAUGUCGCUGGAACUUUAAACAACAAUAAAUCACAGUGAAAGUU